CUUCUGCGCGGUACACCACAGGCCGGACCGCCGAAGAGCGCGCGCCCGGAAGCGGCCCGUCGACGGCAGGAGGGGUCAUGGCUGCCGCUGCGCUGGGAUCUGUGGUGCGCGCUCUGCGCCCGACAAGCUGGCUUCUGGGGAGUUGGCAGACUCAGAUUAGAGACACCCACCAGCGAGCUUCUUUGCUGUCCUUCUGGGAACUCAUUCCAAUGAGAGCAGAACCUCUUCGAAAGAGGAAGAAGGUAGAUCCUAGAAAAGACCAAGCAGCAAAGGACCGUUUGAAGAAGAGGAUCCGACGACUGGAAAAAGCUAGCCAAGAACUAAUUCCCAUUGAAGAUUUUAUUACCCCCGUGAAGCUUUUAGAUAAAGCAAGACAGCGGCCUCAGGUGGAGCUCUCCUUUGAGGAGGCUGAGAGAAGAGCUCUGCUUCUGAAGAAGUGGUCCCUGUACAAACAGCAAGAGCAUGAGAUGGAGAGGGACGCCAUCAGGUCCCUGCUCAAGGCCCAGCAGGAAGCUCUGCAGGAGCUGCGCCUCACAUCUCCAGAGCUCCAUGCAGAGGCCAUCAAGCGGGACCCCAGCCUGCUCCCUUUUGAGAGGGAAGGGCCGCAUUACACACCACCGGUCCCUAACUACCAGCCCCCUGAAGGCAGGUACAACAACAUCACCAAGGUAUACACACAGGUGGAGUUCAAGAGAUAAGACUGCAGGCAGCUGUCCUCAACAUGCUGGCUUUGAGAGCCACUGUGACUCAGGUUCAAGUCUGCUUUUUGCAAAAUAAGGCAUGCUGUUAAUAAAUAUAAGUUUACUCAAAA